AUGGCUGGAGGCGGUGCUAUUUCCCCUUAUUCGGCAUGUGCACUUGCGGCUACCGCUGGGGUUAUCUGCUUGACCUGGUUUAUCAAAUCAAUGGUUACUAGCAGAUACCGCCGUCGAAGACUCGACGAGAAACUAAAGGACCAAAGUUACGUUUUUGACGCCAAGGAAAACAUCAGGACCUCUCCAUACACCAGAGAUGGACCUCUUAUCGACAAAUUGAUGGGCAACCUUUCGACGCUCUACGAAGUAUUCCAGCACGGACUUAAAAUCGCAAAAAAUAAGCCAUGUCUCGGUUGGCGACCAACACCAGACGCACCGUAUAGGUGGAUAACAUAUGCUGAGACUUACCGUCGAGUUUGUCGUCUGGGUUCAGGCCUUAAAACACUCGAGCCAGCCAAUUUGAAGGACAUCUGCAUUGGUAUCUAUGCCACUAAUUGUGUUGAAUGGGCUGUCACUCAGCAAGCGUGUUCGACGUUUGGCUUCGUUAUCGUACCUCUUUAUGAUACACUUGGAGAAGUUGCGCGCAAAUAUAUUCUAGAGCAAACCGAGUUGUCUAUAUGCGUUUGUGAUUCCGCCACUAGAGUGCGGAACAUUUUGGAAGACACGGUUACAACGGGCAACUGGGUGAAACACAUCAUCCUCAUUCAUCCCGGUGGUGAAUUCGGUGUUCUGCGAGCAGAGGCCGAGGCCCGCAACAUCAAGUUGCACACGUUUGAUGAAGUGUUGGCGAUGGGUAAGGAAGACGCUCAGCCAGGGAAACUACCCCAAGCGGAUGAUCUACACCUCAUCUGCUACACUAGUGGAACUACUGGCCGACCCAAGGGGGUGAUGAUUACUCAUCGCAUGGUUGUCUCAGUUAUCUCCGGCUUCGAUAUGGAUCUGCAGGAAGUUAACAUCAAGCCGGGCGAUUACUACCUCUCGUUCCUUCCACUGGCUCACGUUUUUGAACAAAUCGUUAUGCAAUACGCUCUAGGUCGUGGUUCAGCCGUCGGUUUUUUCGGCGGAGAUUUGCGUCGGCUUUCGGACGAUAUCCUCGCCCUCCGCCCAACGCUUUUUGUCGCGGUGCCGCGCGUACUUCAGCGCCUCUACGGCACCGUCCAGGACGCUGUUGCUAACUCCUUUAUCAAGAAGUGGCUUUUGAGGACCGCCGUCAAUGCCAAAAUGGGAUAUGUCAGGGAGGGCAUUGUGACUAGAGACACAUUCUGGGACAAGUACAUUCUCAAGCCCAUCCAGGACAGAAUGGGUGGCCGUCUGCGUUUCUUUGCCUGUGGCAGCGCUCCCAUUUCAGCGGAAGUCUAUUCCUUCUGUCGAGCUGCUCUAGGUGUUCAUGCUUACGAAGCCUAUGGUUUGACUGAGUCCUGCGGGGCGAUGAUCAUGACUCUUCCCAAUGACUAUGUUGCUGGUCAUGCAGGCACGCCACUUCCUUGCUCCAUGGUUAAACUGAUUGAUGUACCUGACAUGGACGUCAUUGUUUCUCGUGAUAAUGCUGGCGAGAUCUGUGUAAAAGGGCCCAGUUGCACAAAGGGCUACUAUAAGGACCCAGAACGAACGGCUGAACUCAUUGAUGCUGACGGUUGGCUUCACACUGGUGAUAUCGGUCAGUGGACUCCGCGCGGCGCCUUGAGGCUGAUUGAUCGGUGCAAGAACAUGUUCAAGUUAGCUCAAGGCGAGUACGUUUCACCGGAACGCGUGGAAAUGAUCUACGCACAGAGCCACUUGGUGAACCAGAUCUUCCUCGACGGGAACUCACGUGAGUCAUUUGCCAUCGCAAUCUGCGUGCCCAACAUGAAAGCGCUGCGUGAGGCCAUGUGCCUCAACACAAACGGCUCCCUUGCCAACGGGCUGAUCAACGGUGCCCUCAGGAAGGUUAAGGAGUGCGAGAUCUCCGACGAAGAGCUCUGUGCCAAGAAGGAGGCUUGUCUCACCGUUCUCAAAGAUCUCGUUCGCCUUGGCAAGGAAGCUGGUCUUAAGGGAUUUGAGCAGGCACGCACCGCCAAGUCCAUCUACCUUACAUCGCACGAGUUCACAAUUGAGUCUGGCUUAAUGACACCGACCCAAAAAAAGCUUCGCUCUGCUUUCCGUCGAACUUUCAAAGAAGAAAUAAACCGGCUUUACCAGAAGCAGAUGAUUUUGUAA